CUAGGGACAUUACAUUGAUCAGAGGUAUCGGAACUACCUGUGCCAAUUCCCUCUUGAAAUCUUGCUGUGGUGAUCACCUAACGUCACCUGUCACAUUCCUAUCAUGGCAAGCACCAGCUCCUCAGCUUCUGUGACAGUAGAUGGAAAGCUGUCUGAGGAGUUUGCAGUUCCUUCUCACGUUGAAGAGAUGAGAUGCUUAAUGGCAGAGUUUGCAGAGAAAAAUGCAGCAGCAGGCCGAAAAGUUGUCUUGAUUACGUCAGGAGGAACCAAGGUUCCCCUCGAAUCACGAACUGUCCGUUUUCUGGAUAACUUCAGUAGUGGGCGACGAGGAGCUUCCUCAGCAGAGUAUUUCCUUGAUUCUGACUAUGCUGUGAUUUUUCUACACAGGCACCGGUCUCUAUACCCUUAUACCCGUCUCUACUCAGGAGUUAAUUUUCUAGACAGCCUUAAGUGUGAGACUGAAGAGGAGGGCUCUUGUCAGGUGCUGGUGGAUCAGAAGGCUCUCCCAAACAUUGUGACUGUCCUGAGGAAAUACCAGGCGGUAAAAGCAGCAGGGUUAUUACUGCCUAUAGAGUUUAACACUUUGUCUGAGUACCUCCACCUUCUCAAAGCUGCUGCUCAAGCACUUAAUUCAACAGGGUCGAAGGCCAUGUUUUAUUUGGCAGCUGCAGUGUCUGAUUUUUACAUCCCAGCAUCUGAAAUGCCUGAGCAUAAAAUUCAGUCUUCAAAUGGACCCCUUCAGAUCAGCAUGAAGAUGGUUCCCAAAAUGCUUUCCCCACUAGUGAAGGACUGGGCUCCAAAGGCAUUUGUAAUUUCUUUCAAGCUGGAAACCGACCCAUCCAUCCUUCUUGAGCGAGCUCGACAAGCCUUGGCCACCUACAAACACCAGGCGGUGGUGGCAAAUGUUCUGGACACUCGACGUGGCUAUGUGGUUGUAGUGACUAAAGACAGCCAGCAUGAGCUGGUCCUAUCAGAGGAUGAAGUAAAGAAGGAGGUGGAGAUUGAAGAGAAGAUAGUGAGUAAUUUGUCAGCAGCACAUAGUCAUUUCAUGGCUCAACAGGGUUAGAGAAGCUAAUACCAGCAAAGUAAUCGCUUCAGCCAUCUCAGGAGAUGUAAACUCUUGGCUAGAAUCAGCUUGUUUAUGUUAACAUUGCUUUGUAGUUUUCUACUCUCGUUCAAUCUCCAUGCAUGUCUGUAAAUAUCCAGUCUUUUGUUUCAUGCAUCUCAGCUUCGUGACUACAAUGAAGGUACUGGGGAAGAUUGAUUAAGGGAUAUGUAUACAUGUGGCCAAGAAUGUUAACAUGGGAUCUCUUGAAAAAUUUAAUUCAUUCAUAAAACUUUCCGUUGUGAGACAAUAAUAAUCAUGCAUUUUUUUAUUCUGUGACUCUAAUG